AUGGAGCAAGCGUUGACAGGAAGCAACUUGUCAAGCUCAACGACUUUGAUUUGUGUCCAUCCUAUGUCUCCGUUAGGAUUCACCUCCAUUGACCAGACCGAGAGUUUGGCAGCCUUGUCCAAUCUUGCGACUCCAAGCCCACCAUUCUCCAUCCCCAUGAGCGCAGUAGCACACUCAUCAGGCAUAGGAGGCAGUGCCAGGGCCCGCGAAGACAAGGGUGAAGGGUUUGCCGUGGCAGUCGUGGUGGUCGCAGACUCGCAGAUCCCAGACGUCCGGGGGUGGUACUGGCACCUCCCACCUUUCAUCCGUGGUUGGGUCCCAGACGACGACGAAGCGUUCGUCCAUGUCGUCCCACGAGGUAAGGAGGACGCGGCCGUGGCGGGCAUCCAAAGCGCGGAAAUUGCCGGCGUGGGGAGGGCGGAAAGAGGAGGUGGGGAUGAAUUGGGCAUCCAAGAGGUUGCAGAAGAAUCCGAGCAUCGGUGCCGCGCGGUGGAAUUCCCGGAAUCGGCGGCGGAAGCGGGGAUCGGAGAUGAUGCAGUACCAGGGCUUGCAGACGAGGGCGGCGUGGACGAGGAUCUCAGGCUCAGCCGGCGGGAGGCGGAGGAGGAACUCCUCGAUGAGCUCGUCCAACAGAGCGGGCGCCGCCGCCAUGCUGAUGAGAAGGAAUCGGACUCCGGCGUCCGGCGGCCGGUGGGGAUCGAGGGUUUCGUCUUCUCUGGGGAAAAGAAGCGAAGCGAGAUUGUGUGA